CCCAAGACUUCCUUUUCCUUAGCUUCUAGCCAUGAUGGAUGCCAUCUCCAUCUUCCUGGUCAUCCUGGUUUAGACCCUCACUUCUUCCUCUCUUUUUGUCCUUAUCCACAGCCUUCUCUCUGUCCCUGAAGCCCUUGUCUUGAGACAGACAGCAUGCCCAUCCACUGCCACAGCCCUGGAUAGCCUCUCUGGCUCACCUGAGGCCAGUGGCAGUGAGGUCUCUGGCUGUGGCAAUGUGUCGCCAGCUCCCAGAAUCUCCUUAUUGCCAACUGUCACAUCAGUCUCCCAGCUGCUUCCCAGCUUUUGAUCUCUAGGGCUGCCCUUGUCCCAUUGCACAUGUGACUGAUAAGUAAACAGACCGAAGUCCAGCUUCGGAUGCUUCAAACUCUGCCAGCCUGCCUGAAGUGGUGUAAACCUCAGCAGGUGGGUCCCUUGCCAGCCUUUCUCUCCUCAUCUGUUCCUCUGAAUAGCCCAAGACUUCAGGUGAGAGAUAAAAUGGUUACCCAGGUAUACCAGCUGUUCUGAGGCUGCUGUCUGUUCCAAGUGCUUAAGAGAACCCGGAUCUAAUUACCAGGUGCAGAGCUGCUCCUGAUCACGGCAGCGGGGACCCAUUGGUUCCACUCUGGAAGACUAAGUGAUUUUCCCUAUGCUAGGGCAAAAAUGACAGGAGUUAUGAAUGACAAGCAUCCAAAGACCAUCUCCUGCCCUUGUGUGGCAUCCACAGUGCCCUGAGCUGGUCCCUGGCCCUGGGCCAGCAGUACACAUCUCUGGGCUCCCAGCCUCUGCUCUGCGGCUCCAUCCCAGGCCUGGUCCCCAAGCAGCUGCGCUUCUGCCGCAAUUACAUCGAGAUCAUGCCCAGUGUAGCGGAAGGUGUGAAGCUGGGCAUCCAGGAGUGCCAGCAUCAGUUCCGGGGCCGACGAUGGAACUGCACCACCAUAGAUGACAGCUUGGCCAUCUUCGGGCCUGUCCUGGACAAAGCCACUCGCGAAUCAGCCUUCGUGCAUGCCAUCGCCUCGGCUGGUGUAGCCUUCGCGGUCACGCGCUCCUGCGCCGAGGGUACCUCCACCAUCUGCGGCUGCGACUCGCAUCAUAAGGGGCCACCUGGAGAAGGCUGGAAGUGGGGCGGCUGCAGCGAGGACGCCGACUUCGGGGUGCUUGUGUCGCGGGAGUUCGCAGAUGCACGGGAAAACAGACCGGAUGCCCGCUCGGCAAUGAACAAGCAUAAUAACGAGGCAGGCCGCACAACCAUCCUGGACCACAUGCACCUGAAGUGCAAAUGCCACGGGCUGUCGGGCAGCUGUGAGGUGAAGACCUGCUGGUGGGCCCAGCCCGACUUCCGCGCCAUUGGCGACUUCCUCAAGGACAAGUACGACAGCGCCUCAGAGAUGGUGGUGGAGAAGCACCGGGAGUCCCGAGGCUGGGUGGAGACCCUGCGAGCCAAGUACGCACUCUUCAAGCCACCCACCGAGAGGGACCUAGUCUACUAUGAGAACUCCCCCAACUUCUGUGAGCCCAACCCUGAGACGGGCUCCUUUGGCACCAGGGACAGGACUUGUAAUGUCACCUCCCAUGGCAUCGAUGGCUGCGAUCUUCUGUGCUGUGGCCGCGGCCACAACACGAGGACGGAGAAGCGGAAGGAGAAAUGCCAUUGCGUCUUCCACUGGUGCUGCUACGUCAGCUGCCAAGAGUGCAUCCGCAUCUAUGAUGUGCACACCUGCAAGUAGGGGGCCAGGGCACUGGGAAGGGGUAGAUCGUGCCGCUGGAUCCAUUCAUCGAAGUCCCACGGGAAGCAGGAUCUAGAUCUGGGCCAGCCUUCAGCACUGGCCAGCAAGGAGCGUAGACUGUUUGCCAGCUGCAUGUGAUACACGACCUGGACCCAGGCGGCUUCGGACGGGAGGCCCUUCUUUCUCAUCUAACGUUUCUCACCCUGCUCUGGAUGGUGUGUGGCUUUACAGAGGGGCUUUCUUUUUUGGUUUUCCAGGGUCUGCUGGGGACAGACCCGAGGCUUACCUUUGCACAUGUUAAAGAAAAUAAAAGUGAAAAAAAAAAAUUCUACUGCAACAGAACAGGCUGGGCUAAUGCGAGCUCUUGGCCUGGUGGUAAAGACAAGAGCAUGGCAAGAGUCUGUCUCCAAGCUGCCUCUACUCAUGACAUUCCAAGAUGCCUCUGAGGUGGGGGUUGUGAAACAGAACAGAGCCCUGCAGUCCCUUUUGUCCAUCUACUCCCAUUCAAAUUGACACACUUUCCCAUUCUGAGAAAAGCCAUAGGGAUAGCCAGGAUGCAGUGGCGGGAGGCCCUGGGCCGUUGUCGGAGCAGGAUCUUGAGUUUUGAAGAACUCAGAAUUCUGGACGGCCUGGGAAGCCAUUUGAAGAAUAGCUGAGUUCCUCUUAGGCUCAUGUUUUUUUUCUAUAGCCCUGCUCUGCAUUAGAAAUAGUCAGAUCUCAACAUCUGUUUCUGUCAUUCCACAGCUUCUACCUGCCACUGCAUCUGCCUGUCAUGGUGGCCCUUGUAAAUAGGUUAGAUGUGCAGGCAAGUCUCUUCCAGCUCCAUGCUCUCCCUGCAGGAAGAGGGGGCUGCUCCGCCCUUCUCAGUCCCACUCACCAGCAGACACUAGGGAGAACAGCUGGACACCUUAGUUAACUAACAGCCCCAGUGUGGAAACAAUCAUCUCGCGAUUCCAAAUCUGCAGCUGGCAGGCGGGGAGGGUGAAGAUUCCCGUUUCCCUUGUGUUAGGAGGGCAGGGCCUCCCCGGGUCCUUCCCUCCCUUUGGCGUGAAUAACCCAAAAGACAAGAGAACCUGAACACAGGGCUUCCCUUCCGCCACCUGCAAGUGAGGUCGCCUAUCUCAGUUCCCAAGAUCUGGAGUUGAUGCUCAGAGGAGGCAAGACAGAGGAUGAAGCCUCUCCCAACUGAGUUCUGAUGCACGGGGUCCUGGCUGGGGUUAGGAAGAUGGGCGUGGCAGCGUGGAUCAAUCCAUCAACUCUGUCUUAAGGAGACUCAGAAAGCGGAGAUGCGACCGAGGAAUGGAGCAGAGCAAGGAUCUGUCCUUCCCCGCUUCUGUCUGGGGUCUGCUAACUCUGACUUGACAUCCGGGCAGUUACUUAACUUUCCUGUCAGGCAGUUGGCUUGCCAAGUGUAGGCCCUCGCCUGCACUCCCUACCCUGUGACACUGAGCACUGUUCAAGGCACACCACCUCCCACCCCUUCCUAGCAUCCCAAAUGCCCCCUCCCACCUCUCCUUCCAGAAGUCUGAAAUCAAAGUCAACUGGAUAAUGCUUGCUAUUAUGAGGACACUUCAGCAGAACGGAUACAAAAUUUAAAAGUCUUUUCAUGUCUAUGUAUUCUAUAUUAAAAGUGAUAAAGUCA